AAGUCAAGUCAAAAAGCCAAGCAAGCGACUCGCGAGUGUGGAAAAGUAAACAACGGGACGACAGCAACUGAAAAAGGACGCAAACAAGUGAAAAAAAGUGGCUCCGAGUUGUGGUUGUUGCGGCUGUGAAAGCUACAGCUCGAAUUUAGAGCAGAACUUCGGCUUAACGACAUGUCAUUACCGCAAGCGCUUAGGGUUGUGGACAACUCGCACGUCAAUCGGGCCUUCGCCGCGGAAGUGUGCGACUGUGACUCGAGCAGUGCGACGCCGGACGGCUGCAGCGAAAAAUCGUACGAGCCGGACUGGGUCGACAAGAUCGGGCCCUGCGGAGAGCUGUUCUACAUCGAACCCAGGUACCAACCAUCUUUUGAAAUUAAACCGAGCUCGCCGACGAAGAGCUCGACGUCAGAAUCGCAAGCGUCGCAUUCGAGCAAGAGUUUCAGCUCGGAGGCCAAGAGCAAGCUCAAAAGCCUCGUCGGUCUGAAGAAGACGAAGGGAAACUUCGAUCUCCCUCAGAACGGACACCUGAACGCCCGGAAUGAGCGGGGUGCCUCGUUUCGCGGCUUCGGCAAAGCCGAGUGCCACGAAAUACUGGUGGACGUUGACCCGAAGCGGAACAACUACGGCCGGAGAGCCACGCUCUGCGAAACGCUCUUCGGAAUCAUACCGGGCAGGCUGGCGCCCAGGCUGGCGACAGCGGAGGCGCUGGAGGAAGGCUCUCCCAUCAUGGUGCAGGGGCUCAUUCCCGACGGAGAGGCACUCAGAUCCGGCGUCGUCAAGAUCGGAGACGUCCUGAGGAGCAUAGACGGCUCGGACGUGAACGAAAACAACGUGGACGCGGUUCUUCGGAACAUAACUAAGCCGCAGAAAGUCAAGUUGCAGUUCCUUCGCCUCGAGGAGAACUCCCUCUCAGAGCGUGUCAAGUUUCCCUUCUCUCAGGACUUGCACCAACAGAGCCAGCUCAUGAAACAGCUUUCGGGCGACGAAGCCACAGUUCGGGAGAUCGAGAGAACUCUCCGCGAAAUUCCUCACGCGUUUAUUUACCAGGAGCUUCGCAACGACUCCAGCAGUUUUCAGCAGCCAAGCGACCACAACCAAAGAAACGAGCACUUCUACAGGUAUCCGAACUAUGACCAUACGUUGUCCAACUUAAAGGGCAUGUUCGUUACAUUGAGCAGCGUCCUCGCAGAGGUCACGGCGGCCAAGCCCCAGUCCAGCAGUCUCACUGUAGAUGGGCACCUCGUGCACGUGGCCUUUUCUCAUGAAGGUUCCAGCCUGGUGGUGCUGGCCCUUCCGGCUUCGUGCGCGACUCCCGAAGAGAUGCGUGGUUUUGUUGCAGAAGUCGUCCAGCUGCUCAAGUUUGAAAGCAGGUCAUUGUCGCUCGCUUUCAAGGAAGUGGAAAACCACGCUCGUGUUGAUCUCUUCUUUCUGCACUUUUUUCACGAGCUCUUGGCAUUCUCUCGACCCGAAUACAAGAGGAGCUGUAGGUUCUCACGAGCCCUCCACUUGGCUCCCUGGCUGCCACUGCCCGCAGAGGCGCAAGGCCAAGUGGAUUCCGUGCUUAGCGAGCUCGAGUCUGCGGACUUUGGGGAUACUAGUGAAGCAUUCUACGAGUCGCAGCGGUUAUUUACCUUUCUGGGGUCGUGCGUUUUUUAUAAGGGUUACCUGCUUGCGAACCACCUCACCAAAGCAGAUCUCGAAAAUGUUUUUCUUUACUGCCGUCACUACCAGUUGCUCUCGCUCAUGCAAGAAGAAUGUGUGGGUCAGGUGGUAGUGUGGAAGGAGGUUUUCCUGCCCCAAAGCCAGACCGAAAACCGCAACUUCCUCCUGAUCACCGGACUCAAGCACAGCCUCCUUGCUGCACUCCUCGAAGUUGGCGGCUGUUCCUCGGUCCCGGAAGACAACCCCGCGCCGGAUGCCUUCUACAUCGACUUGGCCCAAAACGCCCUGCUUCAGCUUGACUCGAACGGAGUCGUCGCCAUCGCGGACGACUGCCUUAAACAUCGGACCGUCGGACUGGGGUCCCCCGCCAACGGCACGAAAAGCCAACGACCUUCCAUCGCAGGUACAGAUUCUCCGAGGGCUGCAGACGGCCAGGGAAUCCGUGCCACGAGCCAAUCCAAUUUGUCGCUGACGGGACCCCCGUCGCCGUCUGCUCGACGUCGGAGCCGGGGCGCAUCGGAUGUCGACAUGCAUCACCUCCUCCGGGUCUCUGCCGGUCAUCUGGACGCCUCUGAGCAGGAGUUCCAGACCAACCGGAGCCACAGUAGUUGCGAGGACUCGAACCUCGGCUCCCGCAACAGGCACUGUUCCCUGUCCACCGCCAGCUUCUCCGACUGCGACUCUCGGACGAGUGGCAGCGACGCCUACCAGAACCGGGACCCCAGGCUGCGGCGAAUCUUUGCCAGCAGCUAUGACCUGAGCAGUCUGCGCCGGAGCCUCGAGGACAGCAGCAGCAGCCAGGGACAAUUGGCGCCAUUGCAGCAGCAGCGGGCUCGCGGGGAGGAGAACCUUCUCUUUCAUUACCUGAACCUCGAGCUAGCAGAGGGAAUCUUUGUGGCUCCGGUGGACUGCGCCCUCGAGAACAACCUGGGGGCGCAGGUUGUGGAGAACUUCAACCGUUGCUGUCUGGCGAUACGGGAGGUCUUCCGGUGCACGGCCAAGGGGUCGGCACGCACCACCGGGGAAGACGAGCGAGAGAGCGAGAGCAAGUUCGCGACGGACCGGAGCUUGUCGUGCGUCAGGGAGCACGGAGUGUUGUUCACCUGCUCCGCGGCCAACGGCGCCAAGAGCAAGGCCAAGGCCCCGGUGUCGUACUGGGUCGUGGGGCGCCUCUUCUCGGACAGGCAUCAGCCAAGGGAGGCCUACGUGUGUGUGCACGAGAAUGCCUCGGCCACCGCUCUGGAAAUGGCCUUCAGGCUUUCUUUUGGACUCCAGAUUUAAAUUGUUGUCACACAACGUUGUGACUUCCCACUUAUAUUUUUUUUAGGUGAAAGUCUAGCACCUCAGGAAGGGUAUGUCAUGUCUUUGUACAUGGAACUCGAGCAGUUGCACUUGAAGCUCUAAAACAUUUCCAAUGUCUGUCAAUAAUAAGGUUUUUUUUUUAGGAAAGGGGGGGGGGGGGGGGGGGGGUCAAUGAUGUGGCUUAUGGCAGUGGGCUUAUAAAGACCUCACAUAUAUUGUGUAAUCGAGAGGAAUAGACCACUCCAACAAGUACCCCUAGCUACUUCCAUUAUAAUUGGUGUCGGUGGAUUUGUCACAUUACUGUCUAGUAAAGAUGAUGAGGUUUCAGUACCGCAGUGCUGUAUCAUGGCUGCGGUUAUUGUAGAUACGGAAACAAUUUAUAUGAGAUCUGCCGACGGGUCAGGUAACUGGAGGUGCUGUAGCAUGCCACUAGGCUCCGAGGAUCACAUUGGCACUUUUGUGAGUGAGGCUAUCUGAGUUAAGUCUGUUUUUAGCUGGCUGUCUACCCUCACUCCCACUGUGGGACAGUGGCUCCCACUGUGGGACAGUGGAAGCACAACCCCAUAAGGCAGUGUUCUCGGCCAGUUUGUUUUGUCAAAGCUCUCAUUAUUGCCUUUGAGCAUACAUAGCGAGCCUUUGACCAUAUUGCACCAAAGAGGGUGUUGGCAUUUAACGACCACCAAUUAUUGAUGCCUCUCAUUUUAACAGCAGGAUGAGUAACGUAUUUAAAUUGUAGGGUUUGUUAGGUGAGGCUAUAUGCCCCAUGUAUAUAACAAGUUGUGAAUUUGCAUAUCACUGCGAGGAUAGAAAUCUUUCUGAACUUGCUUGAAGACCUUCAAUUACCUCAAAUUACAGUGGCUCCUUGCUAGGGAAGCACUGCUACAACCUCUAUGCCUUUUGGAAUAUUUCUGGACAGGUACCUUUAAAGUUAUGAAUUUCCUGAAGCAGAACAGGCAGAGAGAUUACGAGGUCUUGGGGUUUCUGUUAUUAUAGGUGUAUUCUGACUACUUCAUUCUAAAUUUACUAUUGAACCCUUAUACCUGAGUGCUCCCAACUUAUGCGUAUUGCCAUUCUUGUAAAUCUUAAAAGCACAUAGAAGUUCCUGCUUAAAAAGUUUGGUAAAACUUGGAAAGGGUCUUAGAGUAGUUUGCUCCUUCACUUAUCUUUUCUAACUGUGAUCAUUAAGUCUUUCCAUUUGUGUUUUGCCCAGCACUAGUAGCAGCAUUCUGAGUAGAAAUUACCUAUGAGUAUCAUGUCAAUUUCUUUCAACAGACUUCUGGCUGUUAUAGUGAUGUUAGUUUCGAGUCAUCUAUUUAUAUCCAUCAUAUGUCUCGCAGAUUCUUUCACACGGUGUAUAACAUAGUGUAUAGACGUUUGAAAGUACGGCCUCUGGGUGCCGCCAUCUUGCUGGUGGUGUGUCUAGAUCGUCUGAUAGUCGAGCAUUGCUGAGGCCAGGCAUACCCAUGGUUUCCUGACUGGCACCAAAACAAAGCGUUUUUUUCUGCCCACAAUGGGGCCAGACUAGCUCUCGAAGCAUGGCUGCUUGCAAGCACCUAUACACUGUGUUCUGUGUUACUCAGUGCUCGAAGCCUAUCUCAGUAUCAAGAGUGGGACUGCCCACUAUGCCAGAAACUAUUAGUUGUAAAAGGGUGAAUUCUAGUUCUGGGCAGUUGGGAAACAAUGUUGUGCCUUCACCAGUCAAAGUAUUUUGAAAGAUAAUAAUGGCAAGUGCCCUUAUAUAUUACAGGGAAUCAAUUAUCAAGAAUUAGUUUUCUAGUAAAAUGUUCUACAAGACAGCAUGCUUUGUCUUCCAUAAUUUUUUCACCUGCUACCUUUGUUAUACUCUGUUCACUUUUAAGCUGAGACUAUGGUGGGAGCUACAUGCCUGCUAGAUCAAUCGGCCGCCCAUCUAUCACCUGACCUGGCUCUCUGUGCAUGGCUAUGGCCAAGAGCGGGAUGACGUGGCAAAAAGAGAGGCAUACGACUUGUCCAAUGGGGUUGUAGCUUCCACUGCAGUCUCAGCUUAGGGGUGAACGAAGUAUAGUUGGACCGCCGAGCGUACUGGACGAGAUACCUGGCAUUUGUCUUUAGUGACCAAGCGUCUUCUGCUCUUCCUUUAACCUUCACAAGAGUACACAGCAAACUCCGAGCUUAAGCCAUGGCGUAAGAGAUAUAUAUAUAUAUAUAUGUAGGAGAGGAGACAGGACGGCCAACGUUGCAAUGCAAUCAACCAUAAAAAGCCCCCUCGUGCCCGCCUGUGCAGCCUUGGCUGACAGCAUCUUCGCCGUCCAAACACCAGAUAAAAAAAAAAAAUUAAAAAAAUUUGCAUGUGGGCGCACACAUUUUUCACUUGUAGUGUCUGCUCCAACCUUGAUGGACGUUGGCUUCAACACAUUCAGAAACUGUUACUGCUGCCGUUGACACACGAAACUAGGGUCAAUGACAAAGCAGUGUCCAAGCAACACGAGUAGCGCAAAAGCCAAGUUAAUGACCUGGCAAACGACUUUAAAAGCAAGCAUGGAAAACCGGUCCUCCGACAGGCUGCCAUUAGCCGCACUACGGAUGGCUCUGACUAGCCGCAUAUCGAGGAGCCAUCUGAUGGUGCUGCUUGCAUCUAAGGCAAAGAGAGGACUUUGUCUGGCAGCUGCGACAUGCAAGGUAUCCAAACCUACAUACGUAUAUAUCUUGCACCAUGGUUCAAGCUCGCAGGAAGGUGCUUUCAUUAAGCAUCUGGUCUCCAAGAUUCCGAAAUGCACUGUACCCCCUGGAACCCUUUGGGUCAGUUUCUCUGUUUUCCACCAAGUGAAUAAACUGUCCCAUAAUGUUUAUCAUCUUGCAUAAAAACUCCGGCUACUGAUCAGCAUGCACAUAAAAUGAAUUUACGAAUCCACUUGUUUGACCACAUCUGGCCAACCUUUAUUUGGAGAGUACUGUGACAGGAUAUGGCAUUCUUGUACUCUUGAAUCUGUUGCUGAUGGAUUGGAUAAAAACAGCUACAAGCUAAAACAAAUUUUAAAAAAUUCCACACAUUCUGGCACGCUACACAAUAUUUGUUGAUGCGGCUUAUGAUGAUGCAGUUAUAGCUUUAGACUAAACUGCAGUAUGGGGCUAUAAAGCAGAAUAAAUAAGCCAUUGGCACACUGAAGCUGAGCAAAAAAAAAAACAAAAAAAACGGCACUUACUGGAGGGAAAA